AUGUGGAGACUCAAUGAAGAAGCGACGAGGAAUCUUGUAAAGCCAUUGCGGAAGAAGAAGGUAUCCUUGUUCUUUAUUACCCUCGCUGUCCUAGCGUUGGUGCUCAUACUGGACCUCGCCUUGGCCCCUCAUCCAAGGCUGCACGUCCAAAGUCUCAAGGUAGACGUCUCCGAGCCAGUUCCGCUUGCUAUUGUGGAACUAGAUCUGAAACAAGGGAGCUUCUUCUCCCGCCUUGAGCCUCGAGGAGUGCACUGCUCCCUAGAGCCACAUCCACAAGACGACGAAACGGAGAAUAUCACUGCUGUUAUUGAUAUAGACGUACGACUGGAGAAGAAGGACAAUCUCUACCGAUUGGUAGCCUCACCAGACGAAGAAGAUGUGGAUCCCUUUGCAGACAUUCUCUGGAAGUUAAUGACACGUCAGGACAAAUCUUCCAUUUUGGAGUCGGCCGUGUGUUCCUUCAAGGUCAAAGUUCACUUGGCUCAUCUGAUUCCUAUUCCGAUCACUCGCAAAGUGGAACUAUCCGAAGAGUUGGUAGACAAACUCUUGAAUUCUCAAGCAGAGCGCGAAAAAAUGCGGGUCCGCGUCAUCUCCACCGAAACCGGUGUGAAUGCCACCGGCGAAAGUACAGCAUCUCCUGUGCGAUUUGAUGCAUUGGAACUUGGCCUGUCAAUCCCAACACCGGCAUUUGCGGACUCGGCAACCAUUGUGCUUCCAGAACUUACCGCGACUGUCCAGCCCAAUAACGUUUCUGGGUGGAAGGUUCACAUGGAGGAGACCGAAUACAUGUUUUCGACCCAAGGCGAUGGAAUCGCACUGGCGAUCACCUGCAACUCACCGGACUGUCCUUGGUUCCAGCCGUUGAUUGAUCUGUAUUUCCAUCGUGCCAGUACGAUUUUGCUCUCAAUCCGAACUUCCAAAGCAUCCUUCCUUGAGGCAACGUUGGGGAGUCAGCAUCAAUUCUCGGUGGAUUUUGAAAAAAAGCCACUCCCAACAAUUCCCUCGCGAUUCCUGCAGCUUGCAAAUAUUUCCCUUCCACCCUACAUUCCACCCAUUCCACCUUUUCCCUGCGCUCCUAUUCCUGCCUCUUUCAAUGCGACUUCUAUUACUUAUAAUUUGUCAUGCACGGAGAAUCCUUCAUCCCCGAACAUCACGCGAACACCAAGGCCCACGAACCUGCCGACGCCAACGCCCACGAACCUGCCGACGCCAACGCCCUCGUACGUGCCGACGUACAUGCCAUGGGACAUUCCUACACCAAUGCCAUCGCACAUGGAGUUUCCCACGUACACACCAACACCACCUCCAACCCCUCCACCCACACCACUCCCAACUCCUCCACCCACUCCACUUCCAACACCACUCCCAACAUCACUCCCAACUCCUCCACCCACUCCACUUCCAACGCCACCCCCAUCGAACUCGCCGACGCCAAUGACACCUUCCCCGACGUCACGGCCAACACCGUCUUCCACCCCCGUUCCAGAUUCAGAUGAUUUAGCCGAGUGCAUGGCCCUCACAAGCGACAAUGACAGUUCCGCCUUUCAAUAUGACUUGUGCUUUCUCCUUGAGCCAUCCAAAGGAAUGUCUCUGGUCAGUAAGGUCGAGGUUUAUGAUUACAUCGGGGGAGCCCAUGCCAGUUCAACGUGGGAAAGCAUCAGCUGGGAACGAGUUCAAGUGGAAACAAAGGCGAGAAUUGCGCUGAACAGCGACAAUGAUACAAUCAACUUGCAAGGAACCUUCUUGUUCGAUAUCAGAGAUGACACCAAUCUUCAGCUUGAUGCUGACUUUGUCAACGACGGGUCCUGGUGGCCCUUUGUAGUGUCGCUCAACUGGAAUGGGUACUAUGCCGGAAACGUGCUCCGAAUGAGCAUGAGCAACGGACAAGUCCAGCUUGUCGGAGAACAAGACCUGCUGACCAACGCGGUUGGUUCUGCUAUUCUCGAUAUUGAUCAGCAAACUUUUGAGAGCACUGUCGCAGACACCCAAGUCCAGUUUGAUGCCGGAGGUUGGAUAAUGGGUGAACAGUCAGUUUCGGGCAGCAGCUCUCUUGUGGUAAAAGGCGACACAAUUUGGAAUGCAGUAGUGGAUGGAAAGCUUCAAGUGAACGCUUAUGAUGACUGGAUGGCGUCCAUGGAACUCAUGGAUCAAAAGCUACAGGUUGCCCUAGAUGGACAAUUGCAGCAGCAGGACUUGGCGGCAAGUUCCAUGUGCAAGUUCAACGGAAAGGUCAUUUGGAAUACGAUUCUUCAAGGAAUGGUGCGAGCCGCCAACAGAGAGCUGGCAAUUACAGCAGAGGCCAUUGAUGAGGCACAAAUGCUGCAGCUGUCAACCGAUAUUGUUGCCAGUGACUACUCGGAUUUAUCCCUUGCAGUCAACAACCUGAAUCUGCUGCAUCGGGAAGCGAUGCUCGUGCAAGCUAAUGGAGCCAUGUCAAUUAAUGCAGACUGGACGCAAUUCUCAAUGGCGAUGCAAGAUGUAGCCAAACUCGAUUUUGACUGCGCUGUCAAGGCCAACUUUGUGGAGUCGCCUUUGCUUGUCGACAUUAUGGAUGCCCGAUUUGUGCAAGCUGGGAUAACUUAUGUGGACAUCGCUUGGGGAACACUUCGUUAUGACAGCAACAACAAUCAAGGAAACUUGAGAGUCACGUCAAAUCCGACCGCCACCAUCCUGGUUGGAGUUGACAUGAGUUUUGCACAUGCAUACGAAAACCGCAAGGAUACAUACAUUGGGAACGUCCAGCAGCUUCUUCUUCGCUGGGAGGGUCAGAACUAUGCAGAAAUUACGGGUCAAUACGCUCUCAACUUGGGCUGGGGGUCUGAUGCUGAUGGCACUUUUGCUCUUUCCUCGUCUCCUGCAGCCAGGCUGCAAGUGAACGUCGACCUAGGAUUUGAUAUGGACGAUGCUUUGAAUCUUUUGGCUUCCGAAUGCAGGCAACUCAUGGUCCAAUGGGAAGAACAAUUGUUUGCAGACGCAAAGGGGCAGUUCAUGCUGGAAGUAAACAACGUCCAAGGAAACACUGUGGGUGCCUUGAAUGUGUCGUCUGACACGGCUGCAUAUCUGCAGGUCGGGACGGGGCUGAACUUCACUUGGGAUGGCCGUGAAGAGUCGCUGACUCUUUUGGUAGACCAUGCCCAGUUGGGUUGGAAGGGCACGGCGUGGAUCGGUGAAGUUGACCCUCUUCCGGUACGCUACACAAAUCCACCAAUAGCCCCGGACACAGUUCCGCCGGAGACCCCGACUCCAAAUCCACCAACUGCGGUUGACACAGUUCCGCCUGAGACCCCGACUCCAAGCGGAACUAGUCCACCAGAGACCCUCCCUCCAGCCCCAACCGGUAUAAUUCGACAGACUGUCCGCGCAAAGUUUACUGUUUCCAACCUGCAAAAUAUGGAAGCUCCGAGCUUGGUCAACAGCAGCGGCCUAGGCGCAUCAUGGCCCGCCUUCGUCGAGGAGGUCGUUACGGCAACUGCCACUGCCAAUCAACGGUCUCUGCGUGAGGCGUUGAAAGUGCGACGGCGCCUACUUGUAGAGCUUGAGCCUGACAGCGCGUAUAUCUAUGACAUCGUUCUGAAGGACGAGUGCGGUGAAGGAACACAUCCCGAAUUAAUAUGCCAUGAUGCCUUUGGGCAGUACAAUCUGUUGAUCAGCGCUCCAGACACAGCAACGGAGGCGGAACAGCUUUAUGGGAAGGCCACCGUGGACGCCAUCGACGCAGGAGAUUUACAGGAAGUGAUGGAUUCCCAAGGAGCGCCGCUCAUUGCAGGCACCAUAGCAGCGCCCCAGCAAGACGACAGCGCGACGGAAGACUCUGCAAAAAACACUACAUCCCCAGUAACUUCAACUGAUCCGCCAGACGCUAUUGUUGAUACAGCCGUCCUCAUUACAUCGCCCCCAGAACCUCUUACCUUAGCGCCACAGGGCCUUGAGUCUACCAGCCCGCCGGCUUCAGAUGGGGGACCAUCUACAGCCAUGAUCUUGCUUAUCGCAGCCCUGUCCCCGAUUGUUUUGCUAUUGAUAGCGGCCGCACUCUACAAACUCUACUUUUUCAAGUCCGGGCGCCGACCGGAAGGAAAGCCUGAAACGCCCUCACAGCAUGAUCCAACGAGCGUGUUGUCAUAUCAUCAAAAUUCCGUAGCCCCUACAACCCCGUCUCAGCCAUUUGCACAACCACACCAGUUCACCCCUCCUGCCCCUGUGGCCGCCAGUUUGACUCAAGCUCCGGAGCCACCAGUGAGCAGGCCAGGCUCUGUGGAUGAUGGGAGGGACAAUAAUGUGUGGAUGUCCGAUACCAUGGCUUAUUGGAAGGGACCUGCUGUGCACUCUCAGCAAAGUCCGCAAUCUCACCCGCACACGCCUCCCCGAUCCACCUCUGCGACUCUGUCCCAGCCAAGUCAACAGCCACACCAUCCCCGAACAGCGGGCACCAGUUUAACUCUAGCUCCAGAGCCACCAACGAGCAGCCUCUCCCAUCACCCGGACAAUCGUGGGUGGAUGUCUGAGAGCAUGGUUUAUUUGAAGGGACCUGCAGUUGGUCCGGAACCAGACGAAGUCUACAUCGAUCCGCUGGCUCCGCCUCACGUAAGCACCAUAACGGAAGAAGAGUUCGAAAACGAGGAACUGAUUCCAAUGGUGGAAGCUGUGAUGGUUCGUGAACCGUCAUCACCGAGUCGAGAACGGUUAUCGCUUCGAGAUCCGUCUGGCCGAUACCCUCGCGGCCAGCGAUAUGGGUAG